CACGGUGACUGGAUCUAAAGCUGCCAUCUUUCUUUACUAUUAUUAUAUUAUUACUUCAUCUAAUAUUACAUAGUGUAGCAGCUCCAAAACUCCAAUAAAUUCUCCCUCAAGCCACCACCAAGUCCCUUCCAUUUCACUCCUAUUUCCUUCCCUCGCUCUGGUUCAUAUCUGAACUCAAGACAACUGAGAGGAUACGAAAUGGGAUGGGCUAAAGUAGCACUUGUUUUGGUGGCCCUCCAAGCCACCACCCUGUUGUUGCCCCAAGCUUCAGGAGACUUGCUGACUCCUCUCAUAGCCCCUAUUCUCAAUGCCUCCUGUGAUAAGGUGGAGUGUGGGAAGGGAACCUGCAAGGCAUCAUCGGACGAUGUCUUUGGCUACGUCUGCAAGUGCAACUCCGGCUGGUCUCAGUUCCACAUUGGUGAUAGUUUCCGCUUCUCUCCUUGCGUCAUGCCCAACUGUAGCAUCAAUUACUCUUGCUCCAACCAAUCUCAACCUCCAUCACCCUCACCACCACCUGCAACAAAUUCCUCCAUGUUGGACCCAUGCUUCUGGUCCUAUUGUGGAGGGGGCACAUGUAUAAAGACAUCAACUAUCGACCACAGAUGUGAGUGCAAGGAGGGUUUCAGCAACCUUCUCAAUGAAACCAGAUUCCCAUGUUACAGAGACUGUUCCCUUGGUGGAGAUUGUUCAAGUUUAGGGAUCACAGUGUCGAAUUCUACCACCUCAGCAUCUCCACCUAGUCUAUCUGACAAUGGGAAUUCAUUUGCUGGAGAUCCCUUUGCUCCAAACAACUUGCUGUGGCUGUUGGUAUUGAUGAUUUAUUUCAUCAUGGUUCGAGCAUCAUAGAUAGAAUUUAGAGCAGCAGAGAUGAGAUUCUUCCACUGAUACAUAGAUAGCAUACAUGUGAUGUUCGUCUACGGAUGAGAUUUACACCAUUUCGCCGUUUAUUUUAUUUACUUAUUUGAGAUUUUGUGUAAAUAACAGCUACAGUAAACCAUACUUUGUUGAAUUUGGAUGCCUUCUGUUUCCUUGAUCCAAAUUCUUAGUUAGGAAUAAUAAUGUGUAUUGGAUACCUAUACAUUUAAUAGAAUAUGGAGAUUGCUUUGUAGCCUUUUAGUUUA